GCGCAGCUCUUGGUCUCUGCAGGCCCGCCUCCUGACAACAGCAAUUUCUUGAGCUCCCUACCUUCGCCUGUGUUGGGGCCCAGCUCAGCUUGAAGACCCUGUCGCAGGCUUGAGAGAUGAGUGACAUGAAAAAGGAACAGAAAACAGUCUUCAGUGUUGCUGAAAGGGAAAUUUUCUUUCCCAGUUGGUGGUUAUGAUUUGAAGAGAAGCACCUAGAGAUUGAAGAGCUUAGAUUCCUCUAGAGGUGCAGAUAAACUUGAUAAAAGGAAGAUUUGGAAAUACUUUAAAAAGAUGUUUGAAGUGAAGGCAGAAAUUUCGAUCAUGUUUAUCAACCAUGUAGGACUUUGAACACUUGUUCAGAAUUUUUCCUCCCUGAAAUGGAAGAAGAAACAAUUCACAAACCACAGUGCAUAAGACUCUGAGAGAAACAAUAAUGAAGUUUGGUCACUCUGAGAAUGACAGUACUUUAUCAUUUUCUUUUUGGGAACAAACAGAAACACCAUGAAUAUGUGGUGAGCUAAUCAUGAAGGAUGGUUUCUUGUGCUACAUUCUACAAAUGACUUUAUUUGAAUUUUGGGAUUUUUUUUCUCUCCUCUUCUCUGAUUUUAUAUGUUAAUUAGAUUUACAUAAAGGAAAUAAAUACUGGAUUCAUGGUAUUUUCUGACUACACUGCUGUUUUCUGUACAUUAUGGAGACAUUGGAGGCAUUCAUAUUUCUUGAAGUUUUAUUUUAUUGGAAGCCAAACUUUGCCGGGGACACAGAGAUGUGAUGUAAGUUUUCCUUUCAUAGCAACCUUCCUUGCUUUGGAUGAACUGAAUGUCAUCUGGAUUUCACAGCCUAUGAGGUAUAAGGUCUGAUUUAUCUAGGACUUUAAUAUAUGUUAUAAUAACAAGAUGAGAAACACAUUAAACACUGUUUAACAUGUAUGCCUAAGGAAAAGAUCUUCCUGAUGGAUCAUGGCGUUAAUGUUUACAGGACAUUUCCUAUUUUUAAUAUUGAUGGUGUUUAGUUUUUCUACUUGUGAAGAAUCUGUGAGCAAUUACUCUGGAUGGGCAGUUUUCACAGAUGAUAUACAACAAUUUAAGAAUCAUAAAGUACAAGAUUUCAAGCCCAACCAAAAACUUCAUCCAAAUUUGUAUUUUGAUUUUGGGGAUAUACAAACAAUGAGACAAAAAUCUCGUACAAGCCAUUUACAUCUUUUUAGGGCUAUCAAAAGUGCAGUGACAAUUAUGCUGUCUAAUCCAACAUACUACCUACCUCCACCCAAGCAUGCUGAUUUUGCAGCCAAGUGGAAUGAAAUAUAUGGUAAUAAUCUUCCUCCUUUAGCACUGUAUUGUUUAUUAUGUCCAGAAGACAAAGUUGCCUUUGAAUUUGUCUUGGAAUACAUGGACAGGAUGGUUAACUAUAAAGACUGGCUAGUUGAGAAUGCACCAGGGGAUGAAGUUCCAGUUGGUCAUUCUUUAACAGGCUUUGCCACUGCCUUUGACUUUUUGUAUAAUCUGUUAAGUAAUCAGCGAAAACAAAAAUACCUAGAAAAAAUACGGAUAGUUACUGAGGAAAUGUAUGAAUAUUCGAAGAUUCGAUCAUGGGGCAAACAACUUCUUCAUAACCACCAAGCUACAAAUAUGAUAGCAUUACUCAUAGGGGCCUUGGUUGCUGGAGUAGAUAAAGGAUCUAAGACAAACAUAUGGAAACAAGAUGUUGUUGAUGUUAUGGAAAAGACUAUGUUUCUCUUGAAUCAUAUUGUAGAUGGCUCUUUGGAUGAAGGUGUAGCCUAUGGAAGCUAUACCUCAAAAUCAGUUACACAGUAUGUUUUCUUGGCACAACGCCAUUUUAACAUCAACAACUUGAAUAAUAACUGGUUAAAAAUGCACUUUUGGUUUUAUUAUGCUACACUUUUGCCAGGCUAUCAAAGGACUGUAGGUGUAGCGGAUUCCAAUUAUAAUUGGUUUUAUGGUCCAGAGAGCCAGCUUGUUUUCUUGGAUAAGUUCAUUUUAAGAAAUGGAGCUGGAAAUUGGCUAGCUCAGCAAAUUAGAAAACAUCGACCUAAGGAUGGACCAAUGGUUCCUUCCACUUCCCAAAGGUGGAGUACUCUUCAUACUGAAUACAUCUGGUAUGAUCCAAAGCUCACCCCACAGCCUCCUGUUGACUUUGGCACAGCUAAAAUGCACACAUUUCCUAACUGGGGUGUUGUGACUUAUGGGGCUGGACUGCCAAAUACACAGACCAAUACCUUUGUGUCUUUUAAAUCUGGGAAACUGGGAGGACGAGCUGUGUAUGACAUAGUUCACUUUCAGCCUUAUUCCUGGAUUGAUGGAUGGAGAAGCUUUAACCCAGGUCAUGAACAUCCAGAUCAAAAUUCAUUUACUUUUGCUCCCAAUGGGCAAGUAUUUGUUUCUGAGGCUCUUUAUGGACCAAAGUUGAGCCACCUUAACAAUGUAUUGGUGUUUGCCCCAUCACCAUCAAGCCAGUGUAAUAAGCCCUGGGAAGGUCAACUGGGAGAAUGUGCACAGUGGCUCAAGUGGACUGGUGAAGAGGUUGGUGAUGCAGCUGGGGAAGUUAUUACUGCUUCACAACAUGGAGAAAUGAUGUUUGUGAGUGGGGAAGCAGUGUCUGCUUAUUCUUCAGCAAUGAGACUAAAAAGUGUCUAUCGUGCUUUACUUCUCUUAAAUUCUCAAACUCUACUUGUUGUUGACCACAUUGAAAGGCAGGAAACUUCCCCAAUAAAUUUGGUCAGUGCCUUCUUUCAUAAUUUGGAUAUUGAUUUUAAAUACAUCCCAUACAGGUUUAUGAAUAGGUAUAAUGGUGCCAUGAUGGAUGUGUGGGAUGCACACUAUAAAAUGUUUUGGUUUGACCAUCAUGGCAACACUCCUGUGGCUAAUAUACAGGAAGCAGAACAAGCUGCUGAAUUUAAGAAAAGGUGGACUCAGUUUGUUAAUGUUACAUUUCAUAUGGAAUCCAUAAUCACAAGAAUUGCUUAUGUAUUUUAUGGUCCAUAUAUCAAUGUUUCCAGCUGCAGAUUUAUUGACAGUUCCACUUCUGGACUUCAGAUUUCUCUAAAUGUCAAUAAUACUGAACAUAGUGUUUCUGUUGUAACUGACUAUCAAAACCUGAAGAGUAGAUUCGAUUACCUGGGAUUUGGUGGUUUUGCCAGUGUGGCUAAUCAAGGCCAAAUAACCCGAUUUGGUUUGGGGACUCAAGCAAUAGUAAACCCUGUAAGAUAUGAUAGUGUUAUUUUCCCUUUUGGGUUUAAAUUUAAUAUAGCAAUUGGAUUCAUUUUGUGUAUUAGUUUGAUUAUUUUAACUCUUCAGUGGUGGUUCUACCUUUCUUUUAGAAAGCUAAUGCGCUGUGUGUUAAUGCUUGUUAUUGCCUUGUGGUUUAUUGAGCUUCUGGAUGUGUGGAGCACUUGCACUCAGCCCAUUUGUGCAAAAUGGACAAGGACUGAAACCAAGGCAAAUGAGAAGACCAUAAUUUCUGAAGGGAAGCAUGUAGAUCUGCCUGAUGUUGUUAUUACCUCACUCCCUGGUUCAGGAGCUGAAAUUCUCAAACAGCUUUUUUUCAACAGUAGUGAUUUUCUCUACAUCAGAAUCCCUACAGCCUACAUUGAUAUUCCCGAAACUGAACUUGAAAUUGACUCAUUUGUAGAUGCUUGUGAAUGGAAAGUAUCAGAUAUCCAUACUGGACAUUUCCGUCUUCUUCGAGGGUGGCUGCUGUCUUUGGUCCACGACACAAAACUGCACUUGCAAAACAUUCAUCUACAUGAAACCAGUAGGAAUAAACUGGUCCAAUAUUUUGCAGCUAAUAAGGACAAAAAACGAAAAUUGAAAAGGAGAGAGUCUUUGCAAGAGCAAAGAAGUAGAAUGAAAGGAGCUUUUGAUAGAGAUGCUGAAUAUAUUAGGGCUUUGAGAAGACAUCUAGUUUAUUACCCAAGUGCUCGUCCUGUGCUUAGUUUAAGUAGUGGUAGCUGGACAUUGAAGCUUCAUUUUUUUCAGGAAGUUUUAGGAACUUCGAUGCGGGCAUUGUACAUAGUAAGAGACCCUCGAGCCUGGAUCUAUUCAAUGCUAUAUGGUAGUAAACCAAGUCUUUAUUCUUUGAAAAAUGUACCAGAGCAUUUAGCAAAAUUGUUUAAAAUGGAGGAAGGUAAAAGUAAAUGUAACUUAAAUUCAGGCUAUGCUUUUGAGUAUGAAUCACUGAAGAAAGAAUUAGAAACAUCCCAAUCAAAUACUGUCUCCUUACUAUCUCAUUUGUGGCUAGCCAACACUGCAGCUGCUUUGAGAAUAAAUACAGAUUUGCUGCCUACCAGCUACCAGCUGGUCAAGUUUGAAGAUAUUGUUCAUUUUCCUCAAAAGACUACUGAAAGUAUUUUUGCUUUCCUUGGAAUACCUUUGUCUCCUGCUAGUUUAAACCAAAUACUGUUUGCCACUUCCACGAACCUUUUUUAUCUUCCUUAUGAGGGGGAAAUAUCACCAUCUAAUACUAAUAUUUGGAAACAAAACUUGCCUAGAGAUGAAAUCAAACUAAUUGAAAAUAUCUGCUGGACACUGAUGGAUCGUCUAGGAUAUCCAAAGUUUAUGGACUAAAUGCUGCAGCAUCACAGGUUGCUUUGGGCAUGGAAUUUACAUUUAAAGAUCUUGUGCCAUAUAGAAAAAGAUUGGGAGGCAUAUAACAAGGUAUGUAUUAUAGCACCAUUUAGAUAUCAAAGCUUGUAAAAUGUCUAGGAUUAAAAAAAUUCAUAGGAUGCUGGGCGGCGGUGGCCCACACCUUUAAUCCCAGCACUUGGGAGGCAGAGACAGGAGGAUCUCUGUGAGUUCAGGGCCAGCCUGGUCUACAGAACGAGAUCCAGGAUAGGCACCAAAACUACACAGAGAAACCCUGUCUCGAAAAAAACAAAACCCCCAAAAAAUUCAUAGGACAAUUUUUAUUAAGUGAUUAUAAAAUAAUUUUAUUUUUAUUUAGAACAAAAUAGGAUUUGUUAUCCUGAACUAUAUUAAAUAGAUGUGAUUAUGUCAAUGUGAUUAAAUACUAGUAAUUUGAAGAUAGUCAAUCUAAUGUUCAUAUUUAUAUGUACAUGAAUUAUAUUUUCCUAAUGUUUUAUGCACAGGAAAAAACAUUCACACAUUCAUAUUUCUGAGAAACAAGUCAAAUAUCAACAACAAUGGUUUCUGAAAAUAGAAAAUUCACAUUAUUUUGCAGUUUCUUUCAUUAGAAUAAUUGUCUGUUGGUUUUAUGCAGUGCAAUGCUACUCAUUAAGUGGCGCUGUUUACCCAUUUGAGAAAAGCCAUGAGCUAUGAAAAACCCACUAUAAGAGUUUAUUAGAGGAAGGAGGCAGAAGAGAAUGUGCUUAGGCCAAUUUGGAAGACAUGUGCAGAAGGAGAAGAAGAAGAGGGGGGAGGAGUCUGUGACCUGCUUUUUAUGGAUUCCCCCGCACAUGCACACAUGGGUUUAUGUAGCUAUGCCACAUGUGUACAUAGAUUAUGUGAUCACGCUGUGUGCAAAUUACAUGGUCAGGAAAUACAUGGAUUACGUAGGACAUAAGGGAUGACUAAGCCUCUUGCUUGGCUACUGGACAGCGCAUCUGUGGUCAUGUAGCAACAGUCUCUAUAAGAGAUGUAGUAAAAGUUUGGAAUUCAAAGCCUAGCUGUGGUGCCUUCUGAGAAGAUUAAGUAUAAAAUUUAGAAAUAGAAUGACUACUAAGCAAAUAACCACUUAACCUAAAAACUUGAGAAGUCUUGAAAUGAGAUCAUAAACUAAAGUAGAAAAUUCUUAUUUAAAAAUAGUGGUUCUUUAAAAUACUUCUGAUGAGUGAGUAGUGAUUCAAUCGAUAUUAAAAGUUUCAAAAAAAAGUGGGAGUACCUUUUACACCUAGAAAUUGAGUUCCGAAUAAUCCAAGUACAUUUUCUUUGAUUUAAGAUAUAUGUCAGUUGUAAUGGAAUGGACCUUAAGUAGAGAUACGUUUAUAAAAUACUUCUAAAAAUUAUGGAAAUAUAGAAUUGUAAUUUUAUUUCAAUUACAGAAAUUAUUUUUAGCAAUUCUACUUAAUUCUAGAAUCAGGUAAAUUUUUUGCUCCUUUUUUGAGUUAGGAAAUGAAAAUUUUGAUUAAGUGAAAUACUAGUAGGCAUGGCCAAUGGAUAACACUCCACAGUCCUUUGUCAAACCAAAGGCUAAAACUAUGCAGUUAGCAGCAAAUGUUGAAGAAACACUGGCCUUUAAGGAUUGUAAAUGGAAAAUGGUAGUACAAGUAUGUAAUUGAACCUCUUGAUAUUUGCACUUAAUGCCCUUAUUAAUAUUCUGUUCUUACAACAGGGGAUGCUUGAAACACAAUCCUGUAGUCACUGGGUGUUGAUUCAUGAAUGGGGUAGCUUAGAUGAUGACUCUUUAGCUAGAGAAAUGCAUGGUAUCUGAUGUCAAUAUAUAGUUGUCUUCAGAUGACAUAUAUUUUCUAUAUUUUGAUAUAUAAGGUUUUCAUUAUUUUGAUUCAGUUAUUUUUAUUAUUUUGUACUCUAAAGUUACAAUGCUUAGUUUUCAAAUAUAGAAGCACUAGUUAUUAUUUUGAUAAGUUUAUAAUAAAAAUAAUUUCAGUACUUGGAGUGUUUUGGGAAUUCAACUUAAUGGUUCUGUGUAUAGUCAAUGGUUAGAAAGUGUCACUUAUUCAUGACAAAAUAUAUAAUGUGGGGGUAUACUGUGUUCUAUGUAUUAGUUAACAUAGGGUUCUUAUUGACCAGCUCACUUUAGCCUGACUGCUAAGACAAUUUUUAAAUUGUGUGUAUUAUUACAAACACAUAUAUGUCUGCGCACAUAUAUUUGUUCUCUAAUUAUAUUGUUAAAAAAUACUCUCCAAUGAUCUUUGCCUAAGUUUUGCUUCAUAUGUUUGUGUUUCUGUUAAUAAAUUUACUUUUAUUUUAUUUUCAGUCCCAUAGGUUAAAAACAGGGAAGAAAUGGCAGGGUUGAAUGUUUACAUAAGCAUUGUCCUUUUAACAUCCAGUUUAAUUAAUUUUGACCUCAGAGACAAUUCUUAUUAAACAGGUCACUGUAAAUAUGUGGCCACUCUUUUUUCUUUAGAUUUAGGACAAUGUGAUGAAAGCCAAUCUGUUUUCCUGUGGAAGAACCUGGACAGCUCAAAGGCAACAAAUAAAAUAUUUUUUCUCUGCUUCCAAAAAGGCAGGAGGCAGCUCCACCCAUCCCUCUUAUUCAGCUCCUUCAGCAUAUUAUAUAACACUGGAUUUCAGGGAAGUCAACAGAUUCAUAUCACUGCUCUUUGCACACAAAGGCUCCUUUUCUCUCUACUUUGAAUAUGUUUCUUUUAAGUUUGAUAGGUCAACAACUAUUUGAUUAUAAUAUUGCUAGGUAUAGUUUUUCAUACUGUCUUAAUAUUUUGCCUCAGGGAAACUAAGUAACAGUCCCUCCCAUAUCCUAUGGUUUCAAUGAUAGACUAAAGUUCCAUCACAGCACUUUCCCGCUGGAGGCUUAUGAACCAUAAAUGAGACAUUAUAAGCUAGAGUGUGAGUAACCACAAAGCAAUUGUCUGGAAAUUCUAAACUCACCGUGGGUGAUGGUGCUACCAUGGUUGUGUAGAUAGAGCCCCAUUUCCUAGUCCUCCCCAGUCUACAUGCUCUAGACUUUUCCUGAGAUUCUCAGGUCAUAGGUAACAAGGGCAGAAUUGCAUACAACUGGUUCUAUGUGGUGUCUGGAUUCCCAGGUCACAUUCCCUUAACUCUCCUUAUUCCUUCCUAUCAAUAUCAACAAUCAACAAGCCUAGUUGUGAUGGUCUUUGGAAAGGAAAUUCAGCUGGUCUUAUGAAAAUGGAGGUUAUUCUGCUCAGAGGAUGGUUUUGUUCAAGACACAUAACACGUUUUCAUAAACACACAUGUGUAAAUAUGUCUGUGCACGUGCACAUAUGUAAGCAUACACAUGGAGACAAGAGCUCCGUCUUAGGUGUCAUUACUAUUAAGGAUCCACAUUCCCCAUUUUUGGAAACCCACUCUCUCACUUAACACCUGAAACUAGCUGUUUGGCCAAAUUGGUUGGCCAGUGUGUCUAGGUGAUUCUCAUGACUCCACUCCCACCCAAUCCUGGCUAGGAUUACAGGUGCAUACUUGGUUUUACACAUGGGUGCUGGGGAUUGAAGUCAUAUCCUCAUGCUUGUGGCAUAAACACAUUAUCUACAGAGUUAAUUCCCCCAGAGAAUUUAAAUUUCUUCUACUUCAUUUAUCUUCAUUUAUUGGUACGUUCUUAAAUCUGUUGAAUUUAUGCUUUUAAUAUAAUUGGGGACAUUUUUGUCCAUAAAAAUUUCUCUGUAUAUUUUCUCCUAUUUUUUUUUUUGUGACAGGGUUUCUCUGUGUAGUUUUGGUGCUUGUCCUGGAUCUCGCUCUGUAGACCAGGCUGGCCUCGAACUCAGAGAUCUGCCUGACUCUGCCUCCCAGUUCUGGGAUUAAAGGCGUGCGCCACACCGCCCAGCUUUCCUAUUCUUUUAGAAUUAAAUUUACAUGAUGUUAGCCUUUUUGGAAGGUUAAUUUUGCCAAACUGAAGCUUCAAAUUCUACAUAAGCUGUUGCUUACAUUAACAGAAAAUUAUUCCAGUCUAGUCCUGUCUAGUGUUUAGGAUCCCUUUUGUGGGUUCAGAAUAUAGCAGAGAUCUGACCAAACUUUAUGUAAAGAAUUGUUUACUGCCAUUCUGGCUGAUUCUUUCUUUCUGUCUCUGUCUCUGUCUCUGUCUCUCUCUCUCUCUCUCUCAAUAUUUGCCUCCAUUUCUAGUUUUCUCACUUCAGGGGAAAGCAUGAUUUAUGCCUUUAGAUUUCCCUAAAGAGUUGCUGGCCAAGUUUUAGUGGCUAUAUGUAACAAAUUUGCUGGCUGACAGCUUUCCAGAUAAAAGGUAUUUAUUUAUUUAGAAAAGUAAGCUCAUUUGUCUUAACUUUUCCAUUUAUAUUUUUUAGAGUAUUUAUUAAUUUGUAUACUAUACCAUCUAAUCAGGAGUUUUCCGUUUACUAAAUAAUAAGUACAAUAAUUCAAUGGAAUCUUCUGAUCUUGUCUAACUAGGUAAAAAUUCUACAGGGAUAGCCAAGUGGUUUUUCUUAUUGACAUAUGCUUAAAGACAUGAUAGAUACAAAAAGUUCUGAAAUUGCUGCAAUGUUUACUAUUAAAGACACAUAAUAGUGAAGUGGUCUUACAUGUAUUUUAUUUUACAUUAUCUUACAUUACAAAUUUUUAUUUUAAAAUCUAAAUGUUUCAUGAACAUCAGAGUUUCUGUAAAAUGAUAGGCAUGCAUUAUGAAUUGUAAGGCUGGAAAUCUACCAUCCAUAGUUUUAAACUUGGACAUUUCUGUCAGAAUUUGUUUAUAGUAGCCACAAAAUAGAUUAAAAAUAUUUCUUUCCCAUUGUUUCUCAAGUUUCUUGAAAUGUCAGGGUUAUCUUGCUAACAGCACCCUUUGGGUAAUAUUCAUCAGCUCUCCUUUUGACUGUACUGCUACGAUCCCAGGAUACAGCUCCUAACAGUCUUUUCCAAAACAGAGAAAACCUGCAGAUAAAAGAUGAGUCAAAGUCUUUCAGACACUUUGGGAGAUGUAUGAUAUGCUAAUGAACUCUUCAUCCCAUUUAUAGAUCAUUAGGCAUUGAGAUUCAUACACCUUCAAACAGACUCCAGUUAAACAAGUAUUCUUAAAAUAUGCACACUUUCAGUAAAAACUGGUUAAAUACUAAAGAAACAGAAACAAUGCCAGGUCUCUUAACUAUAUGACUUAUGUUUCAUGGGUUUUUUUUUUUUUGGUCAUUAAUAGAAAUAAAAAUAACACCCUACAAAUUAAAUAAUUGACCUACAUAGAGAUGUAUGUAUCUCUUCCCUAACAUAAAUUAUUAUUGAAUAAUUAAUAUUAUUCCUGAAUUUUCAAUAAAGAUAAAUAUUUGUUAGUAUUGCUUAUUAUAAUUAUUGCUUAUAGUCACUGCAACACUGGUUAUAAGACUUGUGAUUCUACAGUAUACUUUGGAAAUAAUUAUAUAAGAGAUUGUUAAAAACCAAAGUAAUAAUUUUCAGCCAAUGACAAAAACAUUAAUAUUAUUCUUUUUUAAGAUAAAGAAAAAAUUGUAUGUAUGUCUCUCUGUGUAGGUAUGGGCAUGUGAGUUCAGGUAUCUGUGGGAGAAGACAGAUACAUCAGACAUACACUUGGAACUGAAGUUGCAGAUGGUUGUGAGCUGCCAUGUGGAUGUUGAGAACUUACUCCAUGUGGUGUAGAGAAUUUACUCUACAAGAGCAGUUCAAGCUAUUAACUGCCAAGCCUUAUCUUCUGCCCAGCUAUUAUCCUUAGUGGGAUAAAAUUGUUGGAGGGGGAGUUAAAGGUUAGUCAAAAUUAUUUUUGAAAAUCUGAGAAAAGAUGAAACCUCUUUUGGUUAGAAUUAUCUGAUUAUUUUUGGAAACCUAUUUAAACAUAGACAUGGUGAACUCUUUCUAAUUAUGACGCAAAGUUUACAGACUUGAGUUUCACUUCUGAUGUGGGACAACUAAGUACAGAAUAAAUAAACUUCUUACAGAUAACAGCUAGUUUAAACUCUAAAAUAUUAAUUAUAAUAUCAAAUAAAUACUUGAAGAUGCUGGAAAGUAAUCAAAAGUUAGUAGAAACUGGAUUUUCAAUCUGGUGAAGCAAGAACACAGCUGACCUCCUGGUUGUCUCACUUUUGAAGGAAUGGAAGGCAUAGCUGACUUUUUCUGUCUAUCACUCGGGAAGGCAGGGUACAGCUGACUUCUGGGUUAGUGGUCAAGCAGUUUGAAGCCAGUCUUGCACCACAUCUGGCCACUAUCAUGCCCACCAGAAAGCUUGUUGGAUAAUGACAAGGAUAGGGACAGGGAAGUGCCAGAGCCUGGGUUACACAUGGUAUUCAUAUGAGUUCAGCUAUCUAGAUAUCCUUAAUUCAAAAAUUCUACAAGGUGACUUUUAGGUGUCUAUCUAAAGAAAAAUAACAAAACUGAGUUUUGAACUGCUAUGGAAAAGACUUUGCAAUCUGUGAACAGUUAUUUUAAAGAAAAACUUGAUUAUAUAAAACGAAGUCCUAAUAAUUUUCACUGCAUAGCAAAAUUUGCCAAUAUAAAGGAAAAGAGAAGUGGAAGAAUAUAUACUAAUAUGUCCUGAUAGCAUGAAUUCAUGAAGAGAAAAAAAAUCACAAGGAGCACAAACACUAAAAACAAUUGUAAAGUACAAGUCUGUAAUGUAUAGUUAAUUUGAACAUAAGGUAGGUAAUAUUUGAUCUCCCUCACAAUAAAGAUUGACAUAAAAAGCACCAUAGUGAAGGAUUAAAAUUAUAAUUAAAUUAUUUUUAAAUUAAAAAGCAUAAUAAAAUGUUAUUUCAACAAGAGUAUAUAUAGACAUGAGUUUUAUAGUGAAGUUGCAUACUUAUUUAGUAGUGAUGCAAAUCAGUACUUAGUAUGAAGAACCAGCCUGCCUCCAUCUUAUACUUAAAAGCCAUCUUACAGUAAAGACAAAUUAGGUUCAUUCCUGUUUACAAGUAAACCUCUGUUUCUCUAGGAUUAGGGUAUGCCCCAUCUAUAACCUUAAUUAUAAAUGGUUCUCACUUUGGUUAUUUGGAAACAGCAAUCAUGUCUUUGUUUCAAAAAGUCAUCUAUAAUCAUCUUGCAAACCCUACCAUUGUUUCAAAAGGUUAUAUGACCACCUUGUUUUACCCACCUUGCAACCAUGUCUUUGUUUCAGGAGGGACUAAUUUGUUAUGCUGACAUUCUACUCCUAUAAUACCUCCUAUUUUGCCAGCCAAACCUCCGAGUUGAAAACCCCUUAACCCUGAGCUAUAAAAGCCUUGUCUUCCUCACAUCCAGUGCUGACCUCUUGAACCCCACCUUAUGGACUGGGGAGUAGGGGCAUGCCUAUGCAUGUGAAUAAAAAAGCUUACUUUAAUUAAUUGCUUUCUUUGAUUAAUUUGGCCAUGAUGAUUUAGGUUGGUGGUCUUUUUCCUCCCCUCAUUGGGAUUAAUAAGUGGAGUGUAGAAAAAUCAAAUAAAUCAUAGAUACGUGUUAACUUUUAAUCAUGGUCAAAAUUUAAAGCAUUUAUUUGGAACAAAUAUCUUUUUUAGUUGAAAUGUAUAUAUGUGUUACUUAAAAAAUAAAUAUAUUUAUAUUUUAUCAGAUACUUAGUAGAUACUCUAGAGAUUUUGUUGUUUUUAGAGUACAGGGCAUUUAACAUGAGGUCUUGUUCAUGAUAGGCAAAUACUCUGUCACUGAACUAUGUCACCAGCCCUAAAUUAUUUUAUUUAGAUAUAAAAGCAAGCAAGCAAAGCCCUAUCCAGGAAUUUAAGUAUAGACUUAAAUGGGAAAAAUAAUAGCUUAGUUUUACUUGUUUACUUAUUGAAGAGAUACUGAGGAAUAAAUAUAAGGCUUUUCAGGCAAGUACUUUACUACUAAGCUACAAUUCCAGCCCAAGAAAAUACUUCUAAAAAGAAACUUACAUAUGUGAUACUAUGUUUUUCUGAUAAGAUGAGGGGUUCUUAUUUUUUUUAAUCAUAGGAUAGUCUAGUAAUAAUUAAGACUUUUUUUUAUAAAACCUCUUUUACAUAUUUCUCCUGGUUUUCAUACAGCUGUUCUCAACACUUCAUGUGAAUUUUGGUCUGUGGACAGCAGCAUGCUUCUGUAUGUUAGUGGCUUUCUUUAUAUUUAUGUCUGUGUAUGUGUGUUUUUUGUCAGCACACUCCUUACCCUCCCCCAAGCCUCACACCCUGCAGGGGAUUAUUUGCAGGAUGUGAAAAAUGAAACUAGGGGCCAUCAUGAAAGCACUGGGUUGAAAUCUUCCAGAGAUUGACCUUGUCAUUUACUUGUCUUAAACAUUUAAAAUAGAACUUGUAAUCUGUCAUCUUUACAAUAAGAAUGAAUUCUAUUGACUAAUAAACAGAGGUAAGGUUAGGGCCUUAUGUGUUAAGCAUAAGAUUCUAUUGUUGGAGAAUGUAAAGUAAAUGGGGCCUCUUUCAUAGGAAUGUGUUCUAUUCA